CUGUCCAGCCACAUCUUCCACAGCCUGCCACUCUGAGGGACCAUGUCGAGGCUCAGCUGGGGAUACGGCGAACACAACGGUCCUAUUCACUGGAAUGAAUUUUUCCCCAUUGCUGAUGGUGAUCAGCAAUCUCCAAUUGAGAUUAAAACCAAAGAAGUAAAAUAUGACUCUUCACUCCGACCUCUUAGUAUCAAGUAUGAUCCCAGCUCAGCUAAAAUCAUCAGUAAUAGUGGCCACUCCUUCAGCGUUGACUUUGAUGACACAGAAGACAAAUCAGUCCUGCGUGGGGGUCCUCUCACCGGAAGCUACAGGUUGCGACAGUUCCACCUUCACUGGGGGUCUGCUGAUGAUCAUGGCUCUGAGCACAUGGUAGAUGGGGUGAAGUAUGCUGCAGAGCUCCAUGUUGUCCACUGGAAUUCAGACAAAUACCCCAGCUUUGUUGAGGCAGCUCAUGAGCCAGAUGGACUAGCUGUCCUGGGAGUAUUUUUACAGAUUGGUGAACACAAUUCCCAACUGCAAAAGAUUACUGACAUUUUGGAUUCCAUUAAAGAAAAGGGCAAACAAACUCGAUUCACAAAUUUUGACCCAUUAUCUCUGCUUCCACCCUCCUGGGACUACUGGACAUAUCCUGGUUCUCUGACUGUUCCACCUCUUCUUGAGAGUGUCACAUGGAUUGUUUUAAAACAACCCAUAAAUAUCAGCUCUCAACAGUUGGCUAAAUUCCGCAGCCUCCUGUGUACAGCAGAGGGUGAAGCAGCGGCAUUUUUGUUGAGUAAUCACCGUCCACCCCAACCUCUGAAGGGCCGCAAAGUGAGAGCCUCUUUCUGUUAGCAGUGGUCUCCAGUGGACAUCCCUAAACGUGACUGCAGAGAGACAGCAAACAAAACAAAACACAAAAAUCCCCACUAACACUUCUUUCUAGAAUUUUAAUCUGUGAGUACCAUUUUAUGAUCAGUGUUAACACCAUGAGGAAAGCCAGAUCUCUUUAGUUAAACCGACUUAGCUCAUCUGCUCCGGAUUUGCAUGCAGGGAUCAAGCAAUAAACUUGGUCUGAUGUUGUUAAAACCCCUGAAGUACAAAACAAAAACAUGGCUGGCCUCACAAAACGUCAGAAUGUACUGAAGAUCCUACCUUGCCAGAGACUGAGUCACUUCAGCAUGUCUCUCUGUGAAGUUUAAUGACAAACUUCAAUCACUUCCAGAAUGUUCGGAUUGUGAUGUCUUUUUCUAAACAAGUGAUUCUUAAUGUUUUGAUAGUGUGUUUAUCAAAAGUCGGUAUUUCCUUUUAAAGUGAAUAUUUGUUAUGGAUGUGUUGCUGAUUCUAGUGUGAUACUUUUAAUAAAGUGCAAGAUAUGAGAGAUCUGGGGGUGGGAUAUAGCUACUUAAUUUGUCUACUUUUGUACUCAGUGUCUACUUUUCAGAGCAAAAAUAACUAUGAUUUUGGUGAGGGAUUCCCUAGGUUAUAAAAUAGCUAUUUACACUUUAAUCAAUUAUGCAUAUAUCAUCACUUGAUAAUGUUAAUAAUGAAUCAGCUAAAAUUGACAAGAUGAAGUGUCUGCUAGUUCUGGCCUUACUGUGGUUUGAAAUGAACAGAUUAAACAAUAGCAGUACAGGCAGAGCUGCUCAAGAGCAUGAUGAACAGGUUACCUGCUUUGCCCUGUUUUGAUGAUAGAGCAGGGACCAAUCCUUAGUGUGUCAUUUUUAGUGUCAAUUAGUGAAAAAAUUACUUGCAUCUCAUAUAAAUACCCCAUUGGUCCAUAAAACCUUAAGCCCAUUUCCAUGGCAAAGCCCAUUUCCCCGUUUAGACACACCCCUUAGCCUAUUAAGUAAUUUUGUAAGAUGGCACUUGAUGUUAAUUUUUACUUCCUAUUUCUUGUUUAUUUUGGUUGCUUUUGUUGGGGAGAAUGAGGGCAGAGUUCCUUUUGCCCUUUCUGUUAUGGAGUGACACCAAGCAUUAACUUAAUAGCCACAUUUAAGACUUGAACAGUAGUAGUUCAAGUAGUUAUCUUCUGAGAGAAGUUUAUCUGGAUGUCUUUGACUUGAUGAUUUGUUUUUGGACUCUCUCUUUCUGUGAAUGUGGAUUUUAUUAAUUCAAAUUAUUGUUACAUUCUCCUUAAUAGAACAAAUGGGUAUCAGUAAAUUGUGUUCUGGUGAUGUCUUCUGGUACAUGAGAUGAGCUCCUGAAGAUUAAGGCUGGUAUCUUGGUUGCCAUUUCUUUCACUGUCUCUAGCUUGAGGCUUUGUGAAUUAAUAUGCAGUAAAUAUUUAAUGAAUGAAUGUUUAAAAUUUUUUUACUAUCUUCAUGAUUAUCUCUCUGCUUGAGAUCAAAUGCAGUAUAAAUUAAUCUAACAAGUAAAAUAUGUUUAAUAUCUUUAAAAUUGUUUCUGAAAGGAAUAAUUUAUUAAACCUGAUUUGUAUAACCAGAAGUUCUAAUGGUUUUAAAAGUACCAGUGUUGGAUGGGAAGGCAUUUCUUUAGUUUGGAGAGACAUGUUGUGAAGCAUCCUAGUGAGGGAAAGAAGCUUGUUUUCUUAGAGAAUGUAAGUUGCUGUAUCCAGAUGGUGUUUAGGAUGGGGAUUGUGAUUACUGUGUGUGAGAGUUACCACUUUGUA